GGUGCGGGGUACCCGAACUUGAGUCGUCUAGCCCGUUUUCAAAACCUAGUUACGACCAGUGUCUGCGACAGCGAGCAGAGAGAGAGAGAGAGAGAGAGAGAUGGACGAAGAAGAGAUAGAGAAAGCAGUGAUAGCGUAUCUGAAGAAGAAGGGUUUCAAGCAGACAGAGCUCGCUUUCCAAGAAGAGCAGCAACACCACACCAAAAACUCCUCUUCCAACUCCUCCACCGACCCCGACAUUGCCAAACACCUUCUCUCCUUCUCCGAAUCAGAUAAUGUUCCAGCACAGUACCAUGAUGGAUACAGCAAGCUUAGGUCAUGGACUUACAGUUCACUGGAUUUGUACAAGCAUGAGUUAAUCCGUGUCCUCUAUCCAGUAUUUGUCCAUUGUUUCAUGGAUCUUGUGGCAAAAGGUCAUAUUCAAGAAGCUCGAAAUUUUUUCAAUAGCUUUCGUGAAGACCAUGAGAUGAUGCACUUACGGGACCUUCAGAAAUUGGAAGGAGUUCUUUCUCCGUGUCAUCUGGAGGAAAUGGAGUUUGCUCAUUCUUUGAGGCAGAGCAAAGUGAACCUUAAGAUAUGCCAGUAUUCUUACGAGCUUCUGCUGCAAUAUUUACACAAGACACAAUCCAUUACAAUGCUUGGGGUUAUUAAUGAGCAUAUUAACUUUCAAGUUUCUCCUGGACAACCAAGCUCAAUUUCUGAUGAUGAAGGUGUUACACUUGUUGGGAGUGGCCAGGAUGCAGCUAAUCUGAUAAAUCAGAAAGAAAUACACUGGGGGUUACUUGAAGACUCUUUAGAAGAAAGGUUGGAGAAGGCAGGAAGUUUGCUUUCAGAUUUGGAGAAGGUAGACGGAGAAAGUAAGGAAGGUGACUUGGAUGAGAGUAAGAAGAGAGCAGUGGAGGGAGGGAAGCAAGGUGCUUCUCUCAAAAAGUUGAAAAAGGACAAGGUGGUUGGUGCAACAGGGAAAGCUGUUCGUAUUGAGACCAAUACUGUGCCUGCAGCACCACGUGUAAAAUCUGAGCUCACUUUGCCAGUAAUGCCAACAGAGGUUGAACAUUCUAUUCUUGAAGACUUACGAAACCGGGUACAGUUGAGCAGCUCUGCUUUGCCCUCAGUCAGCUUCUAUACAUUUAUUAACACACAUAAUGGCCUAAACUGUUCAUCAAUAUCCCAUGAUGGAUCAUUGGUUGCUGGUGGAUUCUCAGACUCAUCACUGAAGGUUUGGGAUAUGGCAAAGUUUGGACAACAAACUGGCAGUUCUAUUUUGCAGGGUGAGAAUGAUUUUGCUACCAGUGAGCAUGUACUUGGGGCAGAUGGCGGGAAAAGAUCUUACACUUUAUUCCGAGGUCACUCUGGGCCUGUCUACUCAGCUAGUUUUAGUCCUUUUGGGGAUUUUCUUCUAUCCUCUUCAUCAGAUUCAACAAUUCGAUUGUGGAGCACAAAACUAAAUGCAAAUCUUGUUUGCUACAAGGGUCAUAAUUAUCCUGUAUGGGAUGUUCAGUUUAGUCCAUUAGGACAUUAUUUUGCUAGUGCUUCACAUGAUCGAACGGCAAGGAUUUGGUCUGUGGACAGAAUACAGCCUUUAAGGAUAAUGGCGGGGCACUUAUCCGACGUGGAUUGUGUAAGGUGGCAUUCAAACUGCAAUUACAUUGCUACAGGAUCUAGUGACAAAACAGUUCGAUUAUGGGAUGUACAGAGUGGGGAGUGUGUUAGAAUUUUCAUUGGUCACAGGAGUAUGGUUUUAUCUUUGGCUAUGUCACCUGAUGGCCGGUACAUGGCGUCUGGUGAUGAAGAUGGCACAAUUAUGAUGUGGGAUCUCUCAAGUGGUCGUUGUGUCACGCCUUUGGUGGGUCACACCUCCUGUGUCUGGACUCUUGCUUUCAGUUGUGAAGGCUCACUUCUUGCAUCUGGGUCUGCUGAUUGCACUGUAAAGUUAUGGGACGUUACAGCAAGCACGAAGGUGCUAAAAACAGAAGAAAACAAAACUGGAAGUACAAACAGACUCAGAUCAUUGAAGACUCUACCUACCAAGUCCACUCCAGUUUACACAUUGCAGUUUUCUCGAAGGAAUCUUCUCUUUGCUGCUGGGGCUCUUUCAAAAAGUGUAUAAAACGCCAACUUCACAAAUACAGUAAUAGAGGCUGCUCGGGAAAUUCAAGAAUCAGAAUCAGGUUAAUUCCAAGUCUCCUUUUCUCCGUCGUCCAGCUACGUUGGUUUUUGUGAGAUCCAGAUCAUAAAAUCUGGUGGGAUCUAUUCUGAGGCGUACCUUGGGAUUUCCUAACAGCCCCUCAAGAACACAAGUCUAACAAUGGAGUUACAGCAUGAAGAUGUUAGUUUGGUGUAAAUUUUACGUUUCUAUUUGUUCACUUGGAUUUAGAUGUGUCUAUUUAUUUGUCAUAACAUUUUGAUACAAAAGCAUGUCCCAAUUACAGCCAACAUCAGAAAAUGUACGAUGUUAUUGUUGACUUAAUUUUUUCUUUGUCGACAUGGAUGAUGCACUACGUAAUACAAACCAGUGGAGGGUGGAAAUGUUAAGCAUUUGUAAUUUUACAUUUGGACAAUUUGAAAAGAGGAAGAUGGGUUAAAUCUGAAAACUAUUUAGCA